AUGGGCGUGAAGGCCCUUCGUUGCAGAUGCUGCUUAGCUGCGCCAGAAGUCGCCAGUACCCAGCCCAGCACGAGGGACGAGUACCUGAGAGGGCCCGCUUUUACCUGGACAGAGGGAAACAUUGCCGUGGAGUGGUUGAGUGGCAUCAUUCGAGGGAUCAUGCAUCUUGAGGCACUGGCACUGGCACUGGCCUCGGGGCGCCUCGUUCUCAGUGUUGAAUGGUUCGACCCAUCUGGCAGCUCGAAACAGGAAUCGUGGCUUUCGCUUCUGCGUCUAUCACCGCCGCUAGAGCACAUCACAGGCACAAGCGCGCAGGCUGGCAACCUAGCCUGGGGCACAGGGUGUGUACUCCGUACACACUUCUACAGACCUCUGCACAUCUGUACAUCUAUCUGUACAGAGUACAGACCUCAUCGGGACCAAUGAUGGGUAUCAUGAGGCCAGGUGUGCGUACCAGAGGCGCUGGACACGCUGAACACGCCGGCAACCACAGCGUAUGGAUCCCCACAGCUAGAACGCCUGUUGGAUAGACGAUUGCUACUUCCUUCCCCCGUACGGGCGGAUCGCGAGGCUCGAGCCUCCCGUCUUCUCUCCUGUCAUCAUGUUUUCACAACGCGCCAAGGGCGUCUGCGGCAAUGCCAAGAGCCUCAAGAAACACGCCCCCUGGACGUCCCCGACCCUCCCACAAUUUCCAUUGGCUCGCAACAACCCACUCGCUUCCGUUUCUGGGUCAGGGGUAAAGAGCAAUUGUGUCGAAGGCUGUUUCGGCACAGGGAGUUGAUACAGUACAACCAUUUUCAUUCUCACACUCGCCGACAUUCCUUUACGCCGACACGCAUCGAUAGCAAUGCUCUGUCCUGACAGCAAUUCAAGAUUGAGGCCUCUGGAAUUGGUGUAGGGAAGUUGGACUGCGGUGGACGACGAUACAAAGUAUGACAAACUCAUGUCUUGGUAUACAAUGCUCCCUCGUUAGUGGCGUCAAGCUUCUCACAAACCAGUCUGACUUCAAAUGUCAACGGCUCGGAAGCAAACCUUGUUGCGACUUCCUUCAAGUUCAAGACUUCAAAGCGUUUCUGUGAUAUCAACUCUCCGAAAUGCCGUACCCGGUACUCAUCAAAGUCCAUUGCCGAUCCUCAAGAUCCUCAGAAUCUGUGUACCGAGGUAGGUCGCCAGGUCUAGAUUUCAUCGGAAGAAUUCUCUGCUUCUUGAAUCUUGACCUUAAAACAAACCUCCUUCGGCACUGCAUACAGUACUGCAUGUUCAGUACCCGGGCUGAGUACUGUUCACGCAGGCAGGACCCUUAUCUAUCACUCUUGGCCAAGUAUACUAGUAGGUUUGCCAGCAAUAAAAGUAUGAUUACUUCGAAGUAGUUCGGCCUCAAGCUCAAAGUGAUUGGCUUGAUGCUCCCGAUAACUUGGCUCUUCCAAACUGCCCACGGAUCUACAGAUCUGUCUGGGCAAGAAAACCGGUAUCCCCUCACUUCUCCCUUACUAAGUUACUGAUGGUACUUGCAGAUGUACUGGUACCAUUGUUUCCAGAAGAGUGACAUUGUCACAUUGCAAGCGAUCCUUCAGCCGCCCAUUCCAUUCCCAUGUUUCAAUCAAACACACCAUCAGUCCACCUUCUCAAUCCCUCGCUCUAUUUCCAAAACUACCAAGACCUUCAUACAUGACUUCAAAACGCCAACGACUAGCGGCUGGCCUAACGAUAAAAUAGAUCAGACCAUUUCGUACUCCACCGAGUGGUCAUCAUACACAAAGAUAGCGGCUACGAUAUCCUUUUCCGAAAAGAUUGCUGGGAGAUCCCCUACCCCUGGUAGACAACCACACAUUUGCAACAUGUCGUCAACGUCAGCCUUGAUAGACGAAGGAUAGAUCAACCACAUGAUCCUCAAAAUAACCUCCGCUCCUCCACGCUUUGUUGUACCUACGUAGAAAGUCACCGGAACGGUAAGUAUUACCUUGGUAUGCAGAGGACGAUUGGGUUUGUACAGUAUCACAACAUGAUCUAUCCAUUCCAACCCUCGCAUCGCUGUGCGACUCGAUCAAGAGCCAUAGUACAUCUUUAGAAUACUUGUUCUAAGUAUGAGACGAAUUGACCCAACACAUCAAGCAUAUCAAACACGAUCCUGUACUUCUCCGAGUCGUCCUUCAAUCCUGUCAUUGAUAUCAUCAUUGGACUGUUUUUUCUGAACACUUCAGCACAAGUACCGAAGGAGUGAGAACAGACCCCACGGCCAAGGACCUACAGUAACAACGCUUCCACCUUCCCUCAAUUCAAUUCAGAGUAAAAGAAAAAUGAGACAGAGACAAACACUCCAAGAAUCAUCAAGGGUCAUCACAAAAAUGCCCAGGGAACUCAAGCUGCUAUCUCACGUCUUUAGGAGACACAGAUAACGAAAUAUCUCAAAGGAGAACGAUUCAGGCUCCGGUGAGGUGCGGUGGAUAUACUCAAUAUCCACCUUCAACCUUCAUGCGAAUAAGUAUCUCCAGCAAGACAUCUAAUACAUCACAAACGAAACAUUCUUUUAGAAAUCCCAUCCACCAUACGGACCUAUCCUCACUCCCACCUCAUGGAAGAUUCCUAUCAUCCAUCCAUCUCCUCCAUACUUUGUAUAUAUCACUUCCGUCCCGAUAACGUCACUUGUCC